GCAGUGUCUACGCCUUUGUGUGCAUGCGUGGACAGAGAGGCUGGCUGGAGGGCACGCGACGAGGCGAUGCAUCGGCCGGAUAUAGCCUUGGGGAUGAUACCCGCGAACUCGACUCGUUGCUUUCUCAAGACGCGUUUUAUGAGACUCGGUCGAGGGGGACGCGGGGGUGGCGAAUUUACCGGAAACGGCGAGCCGUCAUCCGGCGAAUCCUCGCAGUGUCAGUAGAACAAAGCCCGAGAAGAGACAUCGCGAGAAUAUCCGAGACCGAGAAUAUAAAGGGUCUGUAGGUGACACACGCAGGCCUAGUGGCCCCGUUGCUCGCUUGUCCCAUUAUUGUGCGCGCGAAGAUGGCGAGGCAACGUAAUGAAACUAACUGGCCCGCUCGCUAUAUCUAUACACACACACACACACACACACUGCUCGGCCGCUACUGCGACAAUUAAGCCGACAGCGCUCGACGUAAUGCUUAGCAUAUAAGCGGGUCGGGUUGGGCGCGCUAUGGUACCUUGACAUCGGCGGCGGAGGACGAGCAGUAGGUGCUGAUCGUAAAAAGCGCGCUCCGAAAACACGAGGAGAUUUACUUUCCGAAGCAAAGAAGCCUAUCCGCUCGAUAUAGCCGAACGUACGACAUCUUUUGAGGCCGAGAGCGUCAACGGACCGGAUCAAGCACUCGAUCGUGUGUACAUCCCACGCAGAGAGGCGCACCGCAAGCAGUCGUGCUCUGCGGUUUGAUGAGACUAUGCACGGCUCGACGGACGCGUGGAUGGACCGAAUCGAUCGGGGAUGCUCCGCUGUAACGAUUCGGCGAAUUUAAGUUCGAGCAGCGGCAAAAUAAACAUGGCAGAGGAGCAGCAGCCCAGCUACAAGCUAAUCUACUUCAACGCUCGGGGCCGGGCGGAGCACAUUCGCUACGUGCUCGCCUACGCCGGGCUGGAUUACGUCGACGAGCGGCUCCCGAAGGAGCGCUGGCCCGAAUUAAAAAAGUCGAUGCCGUAUGGACAGCUGCCGGUACUGGAGGUGAACGGGCAGCCGAUAGCCCAGAGCAACGCGAUUGCCCGCUACCUGGCCCGCAAGCACGGACUAGCCGGACGCGACGAGUGGGAGGCGAUGCUCUGCGAUGUGCUCGUCGACAGUCUCGGCGACCUCAAACAGGAGCUGCUGCAGUUCCAGAAGGAGGACGAUUUGUUUAAAAAAGAGGAGAAGAAGGCGAAAUUCGUGAAGGAGACGAUACCGUUCUUCCUCAACAAGUUCGAGCAGACCAUCGGCCAGAACGACGGAUACGCCGUUGGCUCGACCACAACGUGGGCGGAUUUCGUGUUCGCCGUGGCCCUCGAGAACUUCGAGCAGAUGUUCGGGCCGUCGGCCCUGGAAAGCUAUCCGGCCCUUCGCCGGCUCAAACAGCGCGUCCACGCGAUUCCAGCCAUCGCCGAGUGGAUCGCGAGACGGCCCCACACGAACUCCUAAAAGACUCCAAGAGACGAGGAUGGCACGACGAUACGGAAGAAAAACGCAGCAACUGAUGCAGUGACACUGAGAGGAAAUCAACGCUAACUGUCAAUAAAAGUACAUAUCCCGGGAGAUGUAUAUUUUGUGGAUCGAUAAUUCUUGCGUGUAUAUCUCGAGCGAGCCGUUGUUCAAAAUAUUAUCGUCAGCGAGAGCCAGCCUAAAUGUUUAACGCGGCGUGUAUAGGGCAACUGUGCGUGUGGAUGUAUAGAGACGCGUUACUCGCCGGUUGUGAUAAUUUGCCAUUAUUACUCUAUGUAUGAUUAUGUUCGUUUAGUGCAGUGUAUAUAUAUAUAAAUUUGAUUGUUUUUUUUUAAUUCAUUUUCGCUUCGUUGUUAUCUGCAAAGUACAAAAUAUUUUCGAAACGACGCACCGAACGACGAUGACAAAUAUUUUUAUAAGGUUCAGCUCCGCUGCCGAAAGACGCGUUUCAGUUCUUAGCUACAUAUAUGCGUGCGCGAGUUUCGUUUGAUCGAAAAUAAACACGUAUAUGAUUAUAUUCGUCCUUUUGAGUAAAGUUCAGGAGAAGCUGUAGCAGGUAACGACGUGACUUUGCCAAGAUAAUACAAGGAGAGAGUCGGGACGGCAAAGCUUAGGUGUACAACGUACAACAGGGAGAGAGAGAGAGAGAGAGAGAGUGGAAGAAAUACGAAAUUCACAGUGAGAGCCUCAAAGGCAGUUCUGAAUUUACGACGUGAGUAAUAGAAGGUUUAACAAAGAGAGAACAAACAAAAAAUAUAUAUAUAUAUAACGAUGUAACGGAGAUUGCGUGUAUAAGUGUUAUAUGUUGAAUAAAACUAUAAAUGUUGUCAGAGCAAAACAUGAGCGCGUGUUAUAGAGAUGCUUUUUCAAUCGCGAGAAAAAGUAUAUGCUGCGAGCGCGCGCAACAAUUACGUCGAGUUAUUGCAUUGCAAAAUUUAUGUCUGUUCGUCGUAAGGAAGCGUAACGAACCGGAUAGAUGAAAUUAUUAUUACAUGCAAGCGAUAAUCGAUGGAAAUUGUCUAAUAAGCUGAGUGUCGUUAUGUGAAAAAUGUUUAAUGUCGGCAUUGGAUUGAAAUGUGGGCUGCCUCUCGAAUCAAUGGUUUAUUAAACAAUUUUCAUUUAACCGAUUUCGAAACUGGUAUAGAGUAAGUUUUGAAUGAUAUAAUUAUGUUGAAGAUGAUUCGUUGUAUAGUGAGAGUAAACUGUAAGAAAUAAACAUUAACAAUUAUUUUAACGCA